AUGAAUAACGGCACUGAACAAGUAUAUUUAUUAAAUUCUAUACAAAGUCAUCCACUAGGUAUAACACAAAAACAAGUACCAACACACGGAACCACACCAGUCAAUCUUGAAAAUGUGGACAAUUUCUCAAAUGUGUGUCGGACAUGUGCCACUAUCACACAACUUGUCAUCCCUAUAUUUACUGGAGAGGGGCUGGAGCAUCACUUGGCUGAAAAAAUACACAAACACUUACCUAUAAAAGUUUCCGAGACAGAUCUCCUCCCUCUAGUGGUAUGCUAUCAAUGUGUCAGCACUCUGCUAGCUUGGCAUGAGUUAGUGGAGUGCUGUUUGCAGGCUGACCGAGCCCUCAAAGCCAAGAUUGGCGUUGAUACCAGUACUGAAACUCAAAAGGAGAGCCAAACCAUAACCCUGGCACCUAGCACCACCACAGAAGAGGAUUCACAAAGCAAGUCAUAUUAUGGGAUGGUGAGAAAUGUUCUGAUCAAAUACUUCCCUCAGUUAUCGUUGGAAGAGUAUUUGGACACGGAGUUUGUCUGCCAGAUGUGCGUAGAAAAACCUGCCUUGACAACUAUGGAAAGUCUAGCGGACCAUUUGAAAUACGAUCAUAGUUCAGACAGUAAAGACGAGACAGCCAUAAAAAUGUUUAUCAAAAACUAUGUUACAUUCGAGGAAGUGUUAGUUUUUGACGAUAACGAUAGAUGUGAAUCCAAAAACACAGAAAUAAUUGAGAAACCUUUGCCUAAUUUAUUUUGCCCUUAUUGCGCAAGUGUAUUUUCUUCAGCAACACGUCUAGUGUGCCAUCUCAAUAAACAUUUCCAAGUGACUAUCGAAGAAGGGGUUAUGUGCUGCGGUAUCGUGUAUAACAAUAAGAAAAACUUUGUGAUACAUCUCCAAGAAAAUCACGUUGAGAGAAAGAGAGACGGUCUGGAGAAAGUGUGCAAGUGUUGUGGUCUAGAAGCAGAAGAUGCGAGUGAACUUCAAGCUCAUAUAAGCGAUGCACAUCAAAAAAAGGAAGUGUGUAAAACAGAUACGCUUCAGAGUCCAAAGAACCAGAAAUAUAUACCAGCAGUUUGUCCGGAAUGUAAUAAAACUUUUGCCAAUAAGUACAGCAUGUUUCUACAUAUGAAGAACCACAACGCCGAAAUACAGUGUGGUGAAGCUUUCCCUACUAGAACGGCUCGUGACGUACACUCGCGCCUACACACCGGUGAUAAACCUUACAGAUGUAAAUAUUGCGGCAAGUGUUACCGCGCCAAGAACACGGACGACUCCCAGUUCCUGGAUGUGUCAGAAACUUCAGACCAGACAGAUGAUAAACCGCUUUCUACAUUCAGUACUAAAAAGCCCGAGGAUCUAUACUGCAAGUUUUAUAGUGCGCUCGUUAAUUUUAGAAACCAUUUUGUCGGAGAACACAACAUUCGAGAGUCUUAUCCUGAUUUCACUGACUCCUCCAGUGCUUCGGAAGUUGAAGAAAAUAGUAUAGACAGUUACGACGAUCUAACCCAGUGUAACAUGAGAAAAGAUAUAAUGGAUAAGGAGACUAGACUAGAACUUAAUCAGGUACAAACUAAGAUUAAUGGCAAAAUAUUCUAUACGUGUAGAAUCUGCAGCAAAAACUUAAGCUCGUCACACACGUACGUGUUUCAUAAAAGAAUACAUACUGGCGAGAGGCCCUGUGUGUGUCACAUUUGUGGGAAGCAAUUUCGAGCUCCAAACGGAUUGCAACGACAUCUGACGGAAACGCAUGAACGCCUACGAAGAUACACUUGCAGUUUAUGUCCAAAAAACUUCGCCAACUCGCAGAAUUUGAAGCAACAUUUGAGGAUACACACCGGCGAGAGGCCGUUUGUGUGCUCGCAGUGUGGCAAAAGAUUCACCCAGAGCGGUUCGCUGCACGUGCAUUUAAAAACGCACAGUGCACAGUUUCCGCAUCAUUGUGCCGAAUGUGGGGCGAAAUUCCGGCUGCGAUCCGGUUUAGCGAGGCACAGGCUCAAGCAUACGGGCGAGCGACCGCACGUGUGCGCUCUCUGCGGGAAAGGGGCGCUCGUGGAGAUCGAAAUCGAGCGAGGGGUCGUCGACGGCGCCGAAGCGACGAAAACGGCCAAACCGUCAGGAACGGCGACGGUCGCCUCCGACGGACGGAAAACCGUGUGGUGCGAAAAGUGUAAUAAGAGCGUAUCGGUGGUGUCCUGGCGGAGACACCUGCGUCUGCACAACGGCGAGAAGAGGUACAGCUGCCACACGUGCGGGCGCGCCUUCGCCGACGGCGGGAACCUCGCGCGACACGCGAGGACGCUUCACGCCCGGCAGCGGCCGUUCUCUUGCUCGAUAUGCCAGAAGGCGUUCUCUCGCAGGGCGCACCUGGAGGACCACGAGAAGUCGCACUCGGAGCGGCGCGAGUUCGUGUGCGACGUGUGCGGCAAGGCUUCGAAGUCGAGCGCGGCGCUGCGCAUGCACGCGCGCACGCACGCGCCGCGCGCGCUGCGCUGCGUGCCGUGCGGCGCCGCCUUCCGCCGCGCCGCCGAGCUGCGCGCGCACCGCUCCGUGCACUCCGGCGAGCGCGCGCACGCCUGCGCCUGCGGCCGCGCCUUCCGCCUGCGCACGCAGCUCACCCAGCACCAGCGCACUCACCACCCGGACCGAGCGCUCACCUAG